AUGGAUUUGAUAAAUCCAAUAAAUGACGCCCGAUUCUACGAGUCACUCAUCAAAGAUCCGCGGCGAAGGACCGAUGAGGAUGUCCGGAAUAUCUUCGAAAAGCUGCGGGGGCUCGACAUGUUCGCCCACCUUUUCACGGGGCCGCUGACGGCGAUUUGUCGAAGUGCUCGAUACGAACGACACCCGGCACAUCAUAUUCUGUUCAGGAAGGAGCAGAAGGCGACGUGCUGGUACAUUCUACUCUCCGGUUCCGUCCUCAUCGAAAGCCAUAUUUUGCUGCCUUAUGGCUGCUUCGGCGCUGCCGACCGCAAUUUGACAGCGAUCGGUCGGUGCUCUAUUGUUACCGAAGAGGCGGAAGAGGAAUAUUCUGUUGCUUCGUUUGUGCAGACACACAAAAUCCCGCCACCCCCAACUCGACCCUUGCCACUUCCGCCAGCCCCCACUCUACCUCCACCUCCACCACUCGGCCUGGCCAAAGCCUCCGACGCUGCCAGAGAUGCAUUCCUCAGAGGGGAACGUCGCUUCUAUGCCCCGCUAUCCGAUAUUUCAGAAGGGGCCGAGGAUCUGGAUGCGAACAACAACGACGCCGAUUUCUUCUCGUUUGUUGAGGACAAACGGUGCCCCGAUCCGAUGUCGGAUACGGAUACGGAUAAAACGGCAAAAGACGACGAAGACGUCCAGCUAAUUGAAGAGCUGCGGCCGGCUUGGGCGGUCAAACGCGGGAAAAUGAUGCUUAACAACAGCAAGACGUUUCGAGAGACCGUAGCAUCGGCCAAGCUUCCGGUGGAGGCGCUGGUCACCAAAUCCGCCCUCCAGCUUCAGGACCCAAGUCCCGUGCCGGAGGGCCGAUCUGAGAGACUGGAGCUCGAAGCCAAAAUCGAAACACCUGAGCCAGAGCUUCAAAUCCUCGAAACCCAGAUAUUCAGCUGUCCACAGGCCCUUGCUCCGGUCGAUUUUGAAGAUUUCGGCCCUCAAAGCAUCUACGUGCCCUACUUUGGGCCCCAAGAGCACUAUGGGAAGCUGGGGUCGGUGGUUUUGGACUCGUUUGAAGCCGAGCUCAUUCGACUGCAAGCCGAGCUGUCGUUUGCUGCUCGCCCAUUGCCGCCGUCACCGAAGCCCGUUCCGAAAGGCGCAGCUGACCGCAUCAUUAUUUCUAUUCAUCCGUCAAUUUCUCCGGAAAAGGCGAUCGCUUCACGAAAAGCCUCCAGCCUGCCCGAUGAGAAGAGCAAUUUCGGCAAGCGGAAUGGCCUGAGCUGUCGACGGGCCACCGAUUGUAUCUGCCUGCAGACCAGCGAGAUGAUUGUGAUGGUCUUCGCCGUCGUACCCGACGCGGGCACCGUCGUCAUGCAGAACAACGAAAAGAUCGAUGCAUGGGCCGUAAUCGUGAACGGAUGCGUGGAAGUGGUCAAGCCCUCCGGGGAACGCGUCGAGUUCAAGCUGGGCGACUCGUUUGGCUGUGAGGCCGUGAAUUCGCCCGACAAGUUGGUCUCACACCUCGUCGAAGAACGCGAUGGGCAAGUUGACGCCAAUUAUAUCGACGACUUUCUGCUCACCUAUCGGGUAUUCAUCCACGACCCGGUGAUGAUCUUCGAGAAACUGAUGCAUUGGUUUGCCGAACCACAGUACCGUGAUCGUGUCGCUCGAAUAGUGUUGUUAUGGGUGAACAACCAUUACAACGAUUUCGAAACGAACCGCGAAAUGGUCAAGCUGUUGGAGCGAUUUGAGCAGGCGCUUGAACGAGAUCAAAUGUACGCGCAACAGACGCUACUCAAUCUGGCAUGCAGUGUGAAGGCUCGAGAUGAGCCAAUGCAAUUCUCGGUGAUCGGCGGCAAAGAAAUGGGCGCCGGCAUCUUUGUCUCGGACGUGCUACCGGAUUCUGCGGCCGAAGAAGCCGGGCUGAAGCGGGCUGACGAAAUUCUAGAGGUCAAUGACCAGACGCUAAAAUUUGUCACGCUUCAACGGGCCAUCGAUUUGCUGAAGGGCAGUAUAAAGCUGCAGCUCGUCGUGAAGAACAACAUCAAUGGCUUCAAGGCCUCCGAUACGACCACCGACAUCGUGCGGGCCUCCAAAUCCAACCCGGACCUGUUGAGCGCCAUCUCCUCAUUCUACGGCCCGCCCAAAACGGACAGCCCCGAGCAUGUGUUGAAGAUCUACAGGGCCGACCAAACAUUCAAGUAUCUCCCUGUCUUCAAGGAAACCACCGCACAAAACGUCGUGCAACUCGCGCUACAGGAAUUCAGCAUGACCGCCGAGAGUGGGCUCGAAUGGGCCCUGUCAUUCACGCAGAGCGCCAAAAACCCGUUGGUCAUCAAGCAGCGCAAACUGCCGCCACAACUCGAAAACCUGGCCGAACGGAUCAGUUUGAAUAGCCGGUAUUACCUGAAGAACAACAACCGCAGCGAGCCGCUCGUGCCCGACGAUUUGGCCUCGGAUGUCAUCAAAGAGGCCCAUGCACAUAUUUUGUCGCUGAAUGCACAGGUUCUGGCCGCUCAGCUGACCCUGCAAGACUUUUCGGUCUUUGCCUCGAUCGAACCGACCGAAUACGUCGACUCGUUGUUCAAGCUGGAGAGCCGGUAUGGCUGGCCUCGGCUCGACGAAUUCGAAACGGUGUUUAACCGCGAAAUGUGGUGGGUGGCGACCGAGGUUUGUCGUGAGAGGAGUACGCAGCGAAGGGCCAAGCUCGUCAAAAAGUUCAUCAAGGUUGCACGGCACUGUCGUGAUCUGCGCAACUUCAAUUCAAUGUUCGCCAUUGUCUCUGGGUUGGACAAACCGGCGGUUCGUCGCCUACAUAAUACCUGGGAACGCGUCGGCGGAAAAUACUCGCGGUUCCUCGAAGAAAUCCACUCGCUCAUCGACCCGUCGCGUAACAUGUCCAAAUAUCGGCAACAUUUGGCCCUGGCCAGUCAGGAGCCGCCCGUCGUUCCCAUCUUCCCCGUCAUUAAAAAGGAUCUCACCUUCCUCCACGAGGGCAACCCCACCUACACCGAUAAACUGGUCAACUUCGACAAGCUGAGAAUGAUUGCACGUGAAGUUCGCAGGGUCAACAAGCUCAGUUCGGCACCUUACGAGAUCGGCAGCAUGGCGGAGAGGAGCGGCGGCUCGGUGAACGACGCCCUUCUGUAUAUGAACAGCUUCGACAACGGCACCGGCACGAAGCGAGUCCUCAACGGCGGUGGCACCAAAUUCGGCAUCGACUCGCCGCAAGCCGUCCAAAAGAUGCUGGCCCUUGUCCAAAACUCGAGGGUCAAGUCGACAUCAAGCCAGGCCAGCCCCGCUUCAUCUUCCAGGUCGAUCCCAUCCAGGACCACAGUUUCAGCCAGGUCAUCGGCCGGUUCGGGGAUGCUUCGUAUGAGUCGAGGGUCAUUGGCCGAAAAUGGUGGUCUCCCGCAGCGGGCCGUUGAUUUGAACCGCGAGACGAGUGCCGUUACUAAUAUCUACGGCAACGACGUGCUGAUC